UCCUUCGAAGUUGAAAGGCAGGAGCAGCGCGGUGGAGGGGGCCCAGCUCGGCUUCAGACUUGCCGUGGAUGCAGCGAUUUUUCGUCUCCUUCUUUUUUUCUUCUUCACGUUAGUGCCGUUUUGUUUCUCGCUCCUGCGUGACAUUUCCACUCCGUCGCGAUGGCGGGGGCUAUUAUUGAGAAUAUGAGCACCAAAAAGUUGGUGAUAGUGGGAGUUAUUCUGCUUUUGUUCCAGGCGUUUGCCUUCAUGGUGGGCGGUUUAAUUGCUCCCAGCCCCACAACAGCAGUCCACUACUUGGCCACCAAGUGUGUGGACACAGUGAAAAACCGACAAGACUCAAAGUGGUUUAUGCCUUGGGGUCCCAACCAGUGUGAAAAGAUCCGCUCCUUUGAUGAAGCCAUGGCGAAGAAGAUCGAGGCUAACAACAUUGUGUUUGCUGUCCACAUUCCUCUGCCUAACAAGGAGAUGAGCCCGUGGUUCCAGUUUAUGCUGGUCAUCAUGCAGUUUGACAUUGCAUUUAAGAUGCACAACCAGAUAGAGGAUGGAGCAAUGGUGACCAUUGACGUCGGCCUGGCAUACAGAGAUGACACCAUCAGUGAGUGGACGGAAAUGGCUCAUUCUUUUGAACAGAGGAAGCUCAGCUGCAACUUUACUACUGCCAAGACCUAUGAGAAUGAGGGUCGCUACUAUGAGUGUGACUUGCUGCCGUUUAUGGAGGUGGGGAGCGUUGCCCAUAAAUACUAUCUUCUCAACAUCCGUCUGCCCGUGAACGACCGCAAGAAAGUGAACGUGGGGAUUGGAGAAAUCAAAGACAUUCGCCUUGUUGGCAUCCAUCAGAACGGAGGCUUCACCAAAGUGUGGUUUGCCAUGAAGACCUUCCUCACACCCAGCAUCCUCAUCAUCAUGAUCUGGUACUGGAGACGCAUCACUCUCAUGAGCAGACCUCCUGUCCUCCUGGAAAAGGUAAUCUUUGCUCUGGGCAUCUCUAUGACAUUCAUCAACAUCCCAGUAGAGUGGUUCUCUGUCGGCUUCAACUGGACCUGGAUGCUGCUUUUUGGAGACAUCAGGCAGGGCAUCUUCUACUCCAUGCUGCUCUCCUUCUGGAUCAUCUUCUGCGGAGAGCACCUCAUGGAAACACAGUUCUUUGAAGCAGAGGUUCUGGGCAGAGGAGAACUGAAGAUGUGUGAGCUCUGUCUACCAGCCAUCAAAAUCUUCCCUCAACUUGACCUUCCUACAAAAAAAUUGCAGGACCAGACGGAGAGGAAUCGUUUCUCAGUUUACUGGAAGCAGGUCGGACCCAUUGUGUUUGGCUCCUUCUGUCUCUUCAUCUUUGACAUGUGCGAGAGAGGUGUCCAGCUUACAAACCCCUUCUACAGCAUCUGGGCGUCUGAUGUGGGAACAGAGCUGGCUAUGGCGUUCAUAAUUGUGGCAGGGAUCUGUGCCUGUCUCUAUUUCCUCUUCCUCUGCUUCAUGGUUUUUCAGGUCUUCCGCAACAUCAGCGGCAAGAGGACGUCCCUGCCUGCCAUGUCCAAGGCCAGACGCCUGCACUAUGAGGGUCUAAUUUUCAGGUUCAAAUUCCUCAUGCUGGUCACUUUGACCUGUGCUGCUAUGACUGUCAUCUUCUUCAUCAUUAGUCAGGUGAAUGAGGGUCACUGGCACUGGGGAGAGCACACAGUGCAGGUGAACAGCGCCUUCUUCACUGGAAUCUACGGCAUGUGGAAUCUGUACGUCUUUGCCAUCAUGUUCCUCUAUGCACCGUCUCACAAACGCUACGGAGAUGAACAGUCAAGUGGUCAGUGCAUCACUGGUGAUGCUGGAGCAAACAGUGGAGAAGACAUCCAGCUGACCACCACUAUCACCCAUGUUGACGGUCCCACUGAGAUCUACAAGAUGAGUGGCAAAGAGGCACAGGAAUAGAUUCCACACUGUUACUGAGACUCCCAUCUACUGCUCCAAUGAUAUACAGUCUGUCUACUCAAAGGGGUUCCUCUCUGCAUAUCCCCUGGCCCAAAAAAGGCGUUCAAUUAGCAUGUAGCUACCAGUCCCACAGUUGCUGCCCUGUUUCUAGCACCUGAGCUUGUUUACAUGCCACCCUGUUCCCAGAGUCCCUGUUGUAUCUGUUGGAAUCUCAACACUCCUAUCAGUCCUUUUCAUUUCAUUGUGGAAUUUCUUCUUACAUUUCAUACUUUACGUAAGCUCAGUUGUGUUUGUAGGUGUUGCACAACGCCUUUCACGCCAUGUCAGGUACUGAAAAGCUGCUUUAUUGAGAAAUUCAAGUGUAAACAAAAUCAUUUCUUGGUGGUCAAGAAGUUGCAGUCGCACUGUUUCACCGUGUCGUUGGUAAAACCUGAGCUGAUGAAGAUGGACUGCAAGAUGUUUUAACCAUUCGGUCUGAUAUUUUUGCUUUAUUACUUCAUAUACUCAUUCAAGGCCUUAGAACCUGUCAUGCAUACAUAUUUCAUAAAAAGUAGAUCAUGUGGAAUACUGCUGUCGCUCUUAGUCGUCUUUUUUUAUAUCACUGGGGAUAAUGUACAGACCACAUAGCCACUUUGGGGAAAUGCAUACUUUACGUUCAUCAUGUUACAAUGUAGAUAUCUAUUUUUUAUAAAGUGCUUAUUUUCAACUUCACAAAAUAUACGCGUCAAGCUUUAUCAAUAUUUUUGAAGUUGACUGUAGCCUAUUACACAUGGUUCUUUUUUUGUUUUGCUUUUUAAGCUAAUUUAAAUAAAAAACUUUUACUUAA